AUGUCGACGAGAGCAGAACGAUAUAAGCAGCCGCAGAGCGCACAGGAGCGGAGAGCUGGAGAGAGUGCUCUCAGCGACUUCGCCGAUUAUGUUCAACAGCAGCAAGCAUUACGCAAACCACCUUUAGGCGUCAACGCCCCUACCACGUCUAAUGCUGCACCACCAGCCAAGACCGAACACGCCGAACUCGACAACCUCCUCGACACAUUAAAUCUCGCCGACGACAAGCCGAAGGUCAGAUUAAAGGACCUGCUGCUGGGUGACGGUGGCGACAACAGCAAACAGCUCAAGGACAUCAUCUCGUUACGCUUAGAUGAAGGACAUGGCGAGUGCUUGUUCGAUGUCGGGUUGGAGGACAAUGGAGACAGUCAGGGCUUGACGGAGCAGGAGUGGGACGCUGCAUUGGCACGGUUAGAGGUUGUGCUGAAAGAGCUGAAGGCUGAUUCAAGAGUCCUCAUGACCAAGAAUGUUGAGGGCGGUAAAUCAGAUGUCGGGAACGAGUUGAAGAAGGAGCGAGGCUGCAUAGGCAAGUUCUUGAUCAGGAGGUGGCCGGAAGACGUGGACGAUGUGAUUGAGACGAGGAUAGCAGUCGUGGGCAACGUCGACGCGGGCAAGAGUACACUCCUCGGCGUCUUGGUCAAGGGUGGCCUGGACGAUGGCAGGGGUAAGAUGCGUGUCAACCUUUUCCGACAUAAGCACGAGAUCGAGUCUGGCCGGACAAGCUCAGUGGGCAUGGAGAUCAUGGGCUUCGAUACCAAAGGCGAGGUCGUCGUCUCGGGUGUGCCAGGGCGCAAGCUGAGCUGGGAGGAGAUUGGAAAGCGUUCGGCGAAGGUCAUCUCCUUCACUGACUUGGCCGGUCACGAACGAUAUCUACGCACUACCGUCUUUGGACUCUUGAGCAGCGAGCCGAAUUACUGCUUACUCAUGGUCGCCGCGAACAAUGGUCUUAUUGGCAUGUCGAAAGAGCAUCUCGGUAUCGCUCUCGCACUCAAUGUGCCCGUCAUGGUCGUCAUCACCAAAAUCGACAUCUGUCCGCCUCAGAUCCUACAGCAGACUCUGACGCAACUCACCAAAAUUCUCAAAUCUCCCGGCGCCCGCAAGAUCCCCAUCUUCAUUAAGAACCGCGAGGAAUGCGUCAAUACCGCCACCCAGUUCAUCAGCCAGCGCAUCUGUCCAAUCUUCCAGGUCUCGAACGUGACAGGAGAAUCUCUUAAUCUAGUCAGAGAAUUCCUCAAUAUCUUGCCGCAUCAUGGUAAAUACGACAUCUCCGCCCCCUUCGAAUUCCACGUCAACGACACCUUCUCCGUCCCCUUCGUCGGCACGGUAGUCUCGGGUGUAGUCAAAUGCGGCAUCGUGCACGCCGGCGACACGGUCCUAGUCGGUCCGGACGGGCUAGGUCAAUUCACCACUACCACCAUCCGCUCUAUCGAGCGUAAACGUAUUCCCGUCCCUGCUUGCUCGGCCGGCCAAAGCGCUUCUUUCGCUCUACGAAGAGUAAGGAGAAGAGACGUCCGAAAAGGUAUGGUGGUCUUACUCGCCAAACCCGCUGAUGCGAAUCCGAACACACCUAUUACUCAACCAAAAGUCCACCGGGAGUUUGUGGCUGAGGUGCUGAUUUUGAGCCACGCGACGACUAUCAGGACGAAGUAUCAGGCUAUGCUUCAUGUGGGUCCUGUGUCGCAGACUUGUGCUAUUAUCGACAUCGAUAGAGCGUACAUUCGGACUGGAGACCGGGCAACAGUCGCGUUCAGGUUCGUACAGAGGCCAGAGUUCUUGGCUGUAGGCGAUAGGAUCUUGUUCCGCGAAGGCAGGACGAAGGGUCUCGGCAUUGUGAAGCAAGUCGGGUAUGAUGCUUCUCAGCCGCUGAACCCCGACGCGGCGAAGGAGAAGGAGGGUGAUGACGGUAGGGUGGAAGAGGGAGCGGGUAGUGGAGCGGGCGAAGCUAUUGCUUCAGCGGCGCCUGGGGCGAGCACGAGUGGGCCUCGGACUGCGGCUGUUGUUGGUGGGACUUGA